UGAGUUUUAGAAAGUUGAAACUGAGUUUUAUAAAGUUCCACUUGAGUUUUAUAAAGAUGUUCUCCAGAUUUAUAAAGUUCCACUUGAGUUUUAUAAAGCUGUUCUCCAGAUUUAUAAAGUUCCACUUGAGUUUUAUAAAGCUGUUCUCCACAUCUGUUGAAGUUCCACUUGAGUUUUAUAAAGCUGUUCUCCACAUCUGUUGAAGUUCCACUUGAGUUUUAUAAAGCUGUUCUCCAGAUUUAUAAAGUUCCACUUGAGUUUUAUAAAGCUGUUGUCCAGAUCUGUUGAAGUUCCACGAGUUUUAUAAAGCUGUUCUCCAGAUCUGUUCAAGUUCCACUUGAGUUUUAUAAAGCUGUUCUCCAGAUCUGUUGAAGUUCCACUUGAGUUUUAUAAAGCUGUUCUCCAGAUCUGUUGAAGUUCCACUUGAGUUUUAUAAAGCUGUUGUCCAGAUUUAUAAAGUUCCACUUGAGUUUUAUAAAGCUGUUCUCCACAUCUGUUGAAGUUCCACUUGAGUUUUAUAAAGCUGUUCUCCAGAUUUAUAAAGUUCCACUUGAGUUUUAUAAAGCUGUUCUCCAGAUCUGUUGAAGUUCCACUUGAGUUUUAUAAAGCUGUUGUCCAGAUUUAUAAAGUUCCACUUGAGUUUUAUAAAGCUGUUGUCCAGAUUUAUAAAGUUCCACUUGAGUUUUAUAAAGCUGUUCUCCAGAUCUGUUGAAGUUCCACUUGAGUUUUAUAAAGCUGUUCUCCAGAUUUAUAAAGUUCCACUUGAGUUUUAUAAAGCUGUUCUCCAGAUCUGUUGAAGUUCCACUUGAGUUUUAUAAAGCUGUUGCCCAGAUUUAUAAAGUUCCACUUAUGUUUUAUAAAGCUGUUCUCCACAUCUGUUGAAGUUCCACUUGAGUUUUAUAAAGCUGUUCUCCAGAUUUAUAAAGUUCCACUUGAGUUUUAUAAAGCUGUUCUCCAGAUCUGUUGAAGUUGUCCUUGAGAUGAUUCAGCUCCUCACACACUUCAGCUGUCAGUCACCGAUGAUUGACAGGUGGAGCUUUGGGGGCUCUAAUCCCUGAAUGGAGUGGUUUCCUCGGUUGCUGCGACGCUGGUCUUAUGAAUAAUGCACACACUCUUAGCGCUGACCCCACACACUGAGUGUUUUGUGUGGUAUCAUCACCGUGUCUCCUCUGAGGGAGCGUUAACCCCUGAGUGGCACCAUUGUUCGGUGAUUAACGCCACUCAGCCUCGUCUUUAAAUGGCGUUCAGAAGGGCUGGAGAGACGGAGAGGAGCAGAACUCAGUCCACAUACACGGACCUGAAAACGACAUGAACAUCAACUCGGAGAAGAAAUCCCAGCGCAAGCUGUCUAAGCCGUUGCUGGAGCGACGGAGGCGAGCCCGGAUCAACGCCUGUCUCGGGGAGCUCCGUACGCUCCUGCUUCAGUCACAUGUCACACAGGGCUGCCGUCCCUCUAAACUGGAGAAGGCUGAUAUCCUGGAGCUGACCGUCCGGCACCUGCGCUCUCUACAGCACAUGCACCCAGGUGAAGGUGGUGUGUUCAGUGUGGGGUACAGGGUGUGUGUGUGUGAAGUGAGAUGUUUCCUCAGUGCUGACCUGCACACCCCCCACAGGCCGGACGCAGGGGGGACACUGCUGCGGGACGGCAGAGUGAAGGCCACCGUACUGACCACUGACGCAACUGGAACUCAGAAACACAUGCCGAGCCUGCGGGACUCACCAUCACAACACCAGCACCUCUCUGCACUGGACAAACCACUUACUGAGGGUAAAACGCCCAGCAGCUCCAGCUCACUGACCGCUGUGUGGAGGCCGUGGUGACGACCCAUCCAGACACUGUGUUCAGCGAUCUUCCUGCAUUAUGUAGCUCUUGUGAUGCACUUAAAAUGAUGUAAAUACAAAUGAGACACAUAAUAAACAAUAAAUAAUACUUCAACGUU